ACCAAAAGCAGAAAACAAACUCGAGAGGGUUCCCUUUGCCCUGUUGCUCUGUCCACACUCUACCGCCGCCGCCGCAACUUGCGGUGCCUCCUCGUCGGCAUACUCACCGCCGGCGACGGGGCGCACAACAAGCCAGCCCCUUCUAGAAUCGAACACUCCUCUCGUCGAGAGGCGUCGCUCUCCUCAUAUACCGCGCUACCGGGCCGGCGUGGAGCGCAGAUCCAUCCGGAUCCCAGAUUGAUUUCGUCUUUUGUUGGUUCUUCAUCUUUUUCUUCUUUAGCGCGCAAGAUCAAGCUACCCGAGGCGCGGUUGCAGUUUCUUUUCCACCAAUUUUGGGGGUUUAACUGAACCCCGCCAUGUGGAGAUUCAAGCAGUUCAUGCCCAAAGAGCAACCCGUCGGCCUUGAGGGCCGCACCCUUGAUGUCGGCAAUGUCAAGGUGCACGUCCGGGAAGCCAUCGCGGAAGGCGGGUUCUCUUGUGUAUAUGCUGCCCGGGACCUAGUGAAUCCGUCGAAGCAGUACGCGCUCAAGCACGUGAUCAUCCAGGACAAGGAGUCGCUGGAGCUUGUCCAGAAGGAGAUCACGGUCACGAGAUCGCUCAAGGGGCACCCAAACGUGGUCACGCUCGUCGUGCAUGCGAUACUGGACAUGGGACGGAUGAGGGAGGCGCUGUUGCUGAUGGAGUUCUGCGAGAAGUCGUUGGUUUCUGUUUUAGAUGGGAGGGGAGCGGAGUACUUUGAUGAGGAGAAGGUGGCGCUGAUCUUCCGGGAUGUUUGCAAUGCCGUCUUUGCGAUGCACUGCCAGACGCCUCCUGUUGCUCAUAGGGACCUAAAGGCUGAAAAUGUUCUUCUUGGAGCUGAUGGGGCUUGGAAAUUAUGUGAUUUUGGUAGUGUAUCGACAAACCAUAAGUGCUUUGAGAAACCUGAGGAGAUGGGCAUUGAAGAGGAUAACAUUAGAAAGCACACCACUCCCGCAUAUAGAGCUCCUGAGAUGUGGGACUUGUACAGGAGGGAGGUUAUCUGUGAGAAAGUAGAUAUAUGGGCUCUUGGCUGUCUCUUGUAUAGAAUCUGCUACUUCAAGUCUGCAUUUGAUGGAGAAUCAAAGCUUCAAAUACUUAAUGGGAAUUAUCGUAUCCCGGAAGUACCAAAGUACAGUUCUUCCAUUACAAGUCUGAUCAGAGACAUGCUUCAUUCUUCUCCAGAUGCGAGACCAGACAUUACACAGGUGUGGUUCCGUGUUAAUGAAUUACUUCCUUUAGAGCUGCAAAAGGAUUUACCUGAUGGAUCCCCAUCUGGAUCAGCAUUUGAGUCACAUACUGCUGUGGAUGAAGCUCCAAGGAGACCACCUCAGAGUGAUACUUCCAACCUCAGUUCACAGGGUCCUUCAAAAGCUACGGAGAAUAAGGGUUCUAUGGGUGCAUUUUGGUCAACUCAACAUGCUCAGGAGCUAGCUGUUGUUGAUGACAAGGGUUCAGCUUCUGAUCAAGAGCCCAUUAACCAAGUCACCUCAAAGCAAUCACAGGCUAAGAACCAGAACACACCAACUCAUAAUACAUAUCGAAAGUCUCUGUCUGCAUCUGUUGAUAGUUCCCCUGGGGAUUUCGAAAUUAGGUUUUCUCCAAAUGGUGCGGAGUAUGGGCUAGAGAAAACCAAAACAGUGAUAACAGAGAGCAAAACCAGUGUUCAAACUACCGCCUUCAACUCCUUCAUGGCAGACUUCGAUGACAUUAAAAUGAACUCACUGCACAAUGCUGGUAAUCUAAAUAUGACUAGCAUAUUGAAAGAACAACAACUGGAAGCGGAAGUAACAUUACUCAAGGAACAAUUGAAGAUAGCAAACUUGGAGAAGGAAGAAAUUUCAUUAAAGUUUGAUAAGUUGUCUGCCAUUUGCUCCUCUCAGAGGCGAGAGAUACAAGAACUUAAGCAAGCCUUAGUUGCAGCUUCUGCUACGCCGCCAGUUAAGGAGUUCAGAGAAAGCUCGAAGGUUGAAUUCUCCCCACCCAGCACAAGCUUUGAUACUCCGCCGAGGGAGAAGAUUGAAGGAACCCCUCCAGAGCUCCGGCAAGGCCUAUUUACUUCAAGCCCAGGGACUCCAAGCCCUGAUCCAAAGCCAUGGUCAGCUUUUCCUGAUGGGCCAAAAGCUCAAGUUGCUGUGAAGAGUGCCCACCCCAGGUCAGUCCGAACCCUGAGGGCAUCAAACAGCAACAAAGCCAGCUCACUUGGACAAUUGAACACAAACCCUGGUGCUGAUCCGUUUGCCUCUGGUCAAGAUAGCUUUAAGGCUGCUCCUUCUGGAACCGUAUAUCCCAAGAUAUCAAACUUAGGGAAAAUUUCUCAACCCCUCAAUAAUCUGAAUGGUGAAGAAAAGAAAGACGGAUCCUACCAACCAGCUGGAUGGACUGGGUUUUGAUUUUACUGCACGGGGAUACUAUAUGCCAAAAGAAUUAUGGGAGGAUCCUCAGAAUAUCAUAUGAAUUAAGUGGAGUUGGGAUAGGUCAAAAUGUGUCAGAGUACAUAUGGUGUUGAUGAUUUGGCAUAUUGAAGAACCCACCCAUGAACGCCUAGAGUCCUGGACUGAUAUAGAUAUGUUUGGCAAUGCUUUUGUACAAUUAUUCUGGUGCUGAAUUUGCGUCAUGAAGCAUCCAGUUGUAAAUUUAGCACACAUGCAAGAUGUAACUUGCAAAUAAUUGCUAGAUAUUAGAAAUACAAGAUGGUCUUUUUCUGUAGUUAAGAGCUCGAGUUGUAUCAAUAUCCAUUAUGAAUUAUGGACACAUGCUACAUAUCUUGUAGCAAUGCCAAGUCAGAAAUAAGAGGUUACCAUGCCCACAAAAUAGCCACUUUGAUCA